AUGGGUGCGCUGGAGAGGAUUCACCUCAGCCGGAUUUUUUUGUGGGGUGUGUGUGUUGGAGCGCCCGAGAAAACAGGCACGGCCAAAAUCAAUGUCCGGGUCCUGGACUCAAAUGACAAUGUCCCCACGUUCGACAGCUCUGUGUACAAGGUGAAACUGUUAGAGAAUUCGCCCAAAGACACCCUGGUAAUUAAACUGAAUGCAACUGAUCUGGAUGAGGGCACAAAUGGAGAGGUUUAUUACUCUUUCAGCAGCUACACGCCUGAGAGAGUGAGGCAGAUGUUCAGCAUGAACACUAACACGGGAGAAAUAAGAGUGAGGAGCAAUGUUGACUAUGAAGAGACCAACUCCUAUGAGAUGUACAUCCAGGCGAUGGACAAAGGCCCUGGGGCCGUCGCAGCACACUGCAAGGUAGUGGUAGAGGUGGUGGAUGUCAAUGACAACGUCCCUCAGAUAGUUUUGUCAUCUCUGUCUAGCCCCGUGAGGGAGGAUGCCCGUGCAGACACAGUCGUGGCCCUCAUUAGUGUUACUGAUCGAGACUCUGGUGCUAACAAGCAGGUGAGCUUAGAGAUCCCAGCUGGCCUUCCAUUCAAAAUCAAGUCAUUCAGAAAUUACUACACUCUGGUUACCUCAGCCUUCUUAGACCGCGAGACCACCGAUGCCUACAAUGUCACUUUGAGUGCCACAGAUGGAGGACACCCUCCCCUUUCCUCCCAGAAGACCAUACAGGUGGAUGUGGCUGAUGUUAAUGACAACCCACCGCGAUUUGAACAGACUUCAUAUACGGUCUACGUGGCGGAGAACAAUGCCCCUGGGGCCUCUUUGUGUACUGUGAAAGCUCAAGACGCAGACAUCAAGGAGAACGCACGCAUCACCUACACAGUGCUCAAUGACAACAACCAUGGCAUCCCUGUCACCUCGUAUGUAUCUGUGAAGGCCGAUACAGGAGAGGCUUAUGCCCUGCGAGCCUUUGACUAUGAGUCACUGAGAGAGUUUCACUUCCAGGUCAAAGCCCAAGAUGGGGGCAUUCCUCCACUCAGUCGUGUCGCCACUGUCUACAUCUACAUAAUGGAUCAGAAUGACCAUGCACCACUGAUAGUCAAACCUCCCGGCAAUGGCACACGCUCCUUGGAAACGGUACAAAAGAACGCAGAGCCUGGUGCCAUGGUGACCAAAGUGGUGGCAUACGAUGCAGACGCUGGUCCAAAUGCCUGGCUGGUGUACGUGCUGGAGACGGCCACUGACCUGGACUUGUUCAAGGUGCACGAACACACCGGUGAGAUCAGGACCACUCGCAGGAUCCUGGAGGACAACUCCACCUCCUUUGCUCUAACCGUUGUCGUGAAGGACCACGGGCAGCCUGCGCUUUCCUCCACCGCCACCAUCAACGUGGCUGUCAUGGAGGUGCCACCCAAAGUGGCUCCUGACCCCAAGAGGAUCAUCCGACCUCAUAGCGCACUGCUUUUCUCCAACGUGACCCUCUACUUGAUCGUUGCUUUGAGUGCCACCACUUUUGUUUUCCUAGUCACUGUGGUGGUGCUGGCCAUCGUCCGCUGCCAUGCCUACUGCACCCAGCCUGGGUCCUGCUCCCCUUGCUGUGUGUCACAGAAGCCCCCUCCAGAUGGUGGGAGCAGCAGUGUAAGUGCAGGUGGGGGAGGCGGUGGUGGAGGACCCGGAGCACAGCCUAAUAACAACGUGGUGCUUCGGAGAGACCUUAAAGUGGAGCCUCACUACAUCGAAGUGCGUGGGAAUGGCUCCCUCACAAAGACUUACUGCUACAAGACCUGCCUGACAGCCACCUCUGGCAGUGACACUUUCAUGUUCUACAACACAGGACGUCCAAUCAGUGGCACCUGGGGCAGCGGUGCCGACCGCUUCUUCACGAGUGGAAGUGGAUUUGUACGCAGACUGAGUAUGCCUGAUGCCUCGAUGCAACUCUGCCCAGAGCCGAAAGCCCCGAAUGCUGACUGGCGAUAUUCUGCAUCUUUGAGGGCAGGGAUGCAGAGUUCGGUCCACAUGGAGGAGUCCUCUGUGAUGCAUGGAGCCCAGGGGAUGCUGGUCCAGAACUGGCCCACUGUGUCCAGCGCUGCAGAUGGAGAUGGUGGUGAACUCUCACCCCCAGUGGGCGCUGGAGUCGACAGCAACAGCUGGCACUUCAGAUAUGGCGCCGCUGGACAGGGCUAUUGCCCUCCUCAGCCCCUGAAGCCCGGAGAGAUUCCUCCGGAAGCCUUCAUCAUCCCUGGAUCCCCAGCCAUCAUUUCUAUUCGCCAUGACGCCGGCCCUGUGGAUGACAAAGGUGACUUCAUAAGCUUUGGCAAGAAGGAGGAGGCCAAGAAGAAGAAAAAGAAGAAGGACAAGAAGGACAAGAAGGACAAGAAGGAUAAAGGAAAGGAUGACGGGGGGGAUGAUUAGAGGAGAAGGGCUGACUUGAAAACAGAGCUACCAACAAAGUAACAUCCUAAUUACAGAGCCAGAAAAAAAACAAAAAAAAACAAAUGCAUAUUGUAGAACCGAGGGAGCCUCCUUGCACCAUAUUUGCAUAGACAUUGUACAGUGGCCAAACCCUCAUUAGACAAGGCCUGGCUCCCCACCCCAUGUGAACUUGCUAAACAAAUGUUCCUCUCUUUCUUGGCUAAUUUGGCCCAUAACUUUGGCCUAUAAAAAGGCUAAGGUUUAUGGUAAACAAAUGUUCUUAGUAGACAGACUUCUAAAGGUUGGACCAAAUUCAAACAGAAUGGAUUUUAUUGGAUUAGAUUAGCUUUUCUGUGAUUUGCUGCCCCACACCAGUUUGUAUAAUAAAAACAAAAACACCUGAAAAGGUGUACUAUUUGUAUCUGACCAUUGUCAGCUGAGGUUGCCUGUGUUGGCAUCCCUGCCUUUAUGCAGCCCGCUUCCUACUUUGCUCACCUAGUCGGAGGUGAAGUGAAAGCCAAACUAAAAAAGGAAACAAAUCAGAGGUGUUUGUCUUCAGUAUUACGGAGGCCUUGUAGAAAAUCAGAAAAAUGUGGUCUUUUGUAAAAAACUAAAAACUGAAAAAGUAACAACAUACAGUAUAUGUACCAUGAGAUUAGCGCCGUUAAGUGAAUGAGGUGGCUGAGACAAGCAGGACCACACUCGAAUAAAGAGCUCUGUUUCAGUGUAGCAUAGCACAUUGCUGAGGCUGAGGACCUGGACGGGGUUGCACCAACUAUGCGCAAGUUUGUUCCCAGGUUAGGGUAUAAAGUAGUGGCUUCAUAACUGCUGUUAAUUUGCAAUUAGCAAGUUAAUAAAUGCAAUUGUGCCAUUUGGACGUGGUACACCGGGGGGAAUUAUACGACUGUAACUACAUAUAACAUUAAGAUUUCAGAUGAGUAGCCAAUCAGUAAUAGUAUUACCUUGCUGAUGGGUACAAACCACAUGGAUUUGUAGUUGACCAGAUUGGCAUACAAAUUAUGAUUGGUAAAAAGAAUCCAUAUUUGACUCUUAAAGGACAAUACUAGUUUUGCAUGUCAGUCCAUUCUCUUUAAAUCUUGUAUCCUUGACGUCACUGCUAAUAUUUUUUUUCAAAGCAGACAAUUGUGUUUAGGGAAUAUUUAAUGGUAUUUAUCUACCUUUCAGGCAGCCAUAGGUUUUCAUUUAUUACCACAAAAAUAAAUAAGCUGAGACUCAAAACUUUUCACAUUACGAAAUCCAUCAAAGUGAACACAGCAUCUGAUUUUAUUGUUAUCAGAUCACAUGGUAAUGUAGCUCAGGUGCAGAUUCAUUUGAAAACUGCACUGCAUUAUCACAAUAACGUAACAUUGGCAAAAUUGACCAUGGAUUCCUUAUGUCAACCAAGUCUCAGUUGAUUUUAAUUAUAUAAAGUUGAAUGAAAACCAGAUUCUGCCUGGAAAGGGGACACAAAACAGUCGUCAGCAAUAUGUAAUUUGGAGAAAAUGGGCAGAAACAUCCAAAUUCGCUGCUAUAGUCCUUACGUUGCAAAAUAGCAUAAAAUUGCUAAAGAAGAAAAAAAAAAAGUGUGCAAAAAAAGGAAAAAAAGAAAAAAAAAUCCUGCUUUACUGUUAGUGAGUGCAAUUGUGUGAUUUUCGUAUCAUUUGCACCUGCUUUAUUGCUUGCUUAAAUAUUUAGUUGUUACUUGAGGUUACGUUGUAACAGAUUUGUGUGGUGCUACCGCUUGUGUUUUAGCAAUGCGUGAAUUAGUGGCUACUUUGGAUAUAGGUAGGGAACCUACGCGCAGCUGAUGCAACACACCCCUGACCUAGCCUCUUCUCUUAGAAUACGGCACACAGGUCAAUGGGGUCUUAAUCCCACUGUGUAUCAGGACACUCAGUCCGACACACACACAUUUAUUAUACACAAACACUAACUAUCUCUGCCGCUUACUCACACAUACACACUUGCUCUCUACACACAGACUUACAGUACAUACGAACACACAAAACUAUACUAAAAGAAUACACACCCCUUUCUGGAAGCAGAAGGCCAAAGCCAUCCUUAUUUUGGGAGUAUUUUAGUAUAUUAUAUGGCUGGGAAGCAGGAACGUUGCUUGUUGCUUCAUUUCUGUUCAAGCCUGAUCCCUCUACUUCUGUCUCUGAAUGUUAAGUAGUUGUUCUUCAAGCCCUGCACCACUGUUUCGACUGCUUCAGUGCUUGUAGGAUUUGCUUGCCCGCUGCCUGUUUCCUCCCUCUACUCCUGUUUCUUCAAAUCAACAUAGUGGGACGACAUCUUUCAAGUCACUCUCCUUCAAUGAACUGUGCUGUCGUAACACAGUGACAUUUGUGCAUUUGCGUAUUUACACACAGACUACACACAGACACUUGAGCAUAUACCACACACACAGACACUUGCACAUAUACCACACACACACACACACACACACACACACACACACACACACACACACACACACACACACACACACACACACACACACACACACACACACACACACACACACACACACACACACACACACACACACACACACACCUUUUGUUAGGUUCAACUGAGCUUAGGCGCUUCAGCCAGAGUGUCUCUUCUGAUUGCUCACUGUUGACAGCGCUGUCAUCUCUUACAUAUUGCUCUGUAAGGACCUCUGACAAAUUAGCAAAAUCUGAGAUUAUGCUGGAUAUAGUGAGACAAGAUGGAGAGGCAAAAAAGGAAUCAUUGUGGUGUAUUGUGUAGCUCUAAUGUAGAACAAAAAAAUCUACAGCACAUUUAAUAGGGCAGGCCACUCAUUUUUUGUUGCACAAGCAGAGGUAUUGCAGUUAUACCGGUGUCAACUUGAGUCGAAUAAAACUGCUUACAAAAUAAGUGCAGCGCAGUUCGGCAGCAGUGGAAAGAGGUUGCUUUGGGGUUGACUCGGAAGGGGGGGAAAUAAAUUAGGGAUUAAUGGAGGGUAAAGCACAGUGUUGACAUUGUUUAUGGUGCACCUGUAGGAGGUGUCAAAACCAAAGUCAAAACCUUUAAAUUAUGCAUUUGUGUCUCAAUUGCUGCAGCUAAGCAAACAAAAAGAAAUAAUGGGACGUGCUUGUACAAGAGAAACUUAGAAGUCGCAGUGGCCCAAGUGCGAACUGUGUGGAAUGACCAGCUUUAUUUGGCCCGGACAUUGUGAAACCCAGGUGUAGCAUUGUAGAGAAAGAGUAUUAGUGAGCAGUAGAUAUUGGAACAGCAUUAACAUGAUGAAAAGUGUCAUUAAAUCUCACCUCAGCAUUCCUUUUCUUUAGAACAUUGUCUUACCAGUCACAGUAGGGGUAUAUACAGUAGGUGCAUCUAUCAGAAUCAGUCCCUCCCAUGCACAUGUGUCUUUCCCCCUGCCCCUUCCUUCAGGUGUACUUCUGUGCUGUCAGAUCACCAAGUGGCUGUUUGCAUGUUAUAAGCAAAGGAAACAGAUACUAUAUAGAUACUAUAUAUACAUUGAUAUGUUUUUUUCCACUGGGAAAUGCGUAUUGGAAUACAUAUACCUCUGAUACACAUUCUCAAAGACAAUAUACACACACAUUGAAAGUCACACACCUACUACAUUCAAACAUACAUACAUACAUAUACGCUAUUGCGAACAGUAAUUUGUGGGGAAAACCUAAAAGAGUCACAUUUUUUAUCCUGUUGAAAAUGAAUUUAAUCUUCUAGAUAUACAUAAUGCUAUUGUGUUAUGCUAUGAAAUGCUUUUCUUUUUCGUUUUUACCUUUAUGAUUUUCAUAGAUAAGAAAAUCAAUCCUUAAAAGUUGUGUUAAGCUUUGAAAUGAUGAUCAAAAACACUAUUGUGAAAUGGAAUCAUUUACUCACCCUCCAUAUCUAUCCUUUGAAAAAAGAGAAGAAAAAAAAAUCAAAAAACUAUAAAAUGGUAUAAAAAAAUAAAGUUGAUGUAUUCUCUGCUUGUGUAUAGUGAAUGUUCCUCAGUCGCUGGGUGUGGCAGUGAGUGGCACACUUCAGUUGACUGACAGUGCAGAUCUGUUAAUAACUUUUUUGUACACCUGCUUAUCAUUGUAAAAGGUGAUAAUAGUGAUUCUUAUGAUUUCAUCAAUCUGGUAAUGUGUUUUGUUAAUAAGUCACAAAUAAAGUUUUUCUUAAAUAUCUUAA